UAAGUCAUGGGCUGAAUGAUUUUUAAUAAUUUACUAGCAAAGUAAAAGAAAAAUCUCAGAACAAGCUGAUAACUUAAAUUUUCAAGUGUAACUGAAUCUAGCAAAGCAAAAUAUAUCAAAAACCAAAGGGUAAACCUGGUUAAAUAUUAUCCAAUGCUCAGUGGGAAUGAAUGUCGACUCAUUUCAAGGGAGGCAAGAAGUGCCUAGAAUGAAAAUAGUCCAGGGAUGAAACUAAGUACCAAGUGACUUGUUCAGUGAGGACCAUAGCUUACUGGUGAUGAAAUGGCACCAAUCAUAGCAGGGAAUCAUCUAGCCUGCGAACGGCAGACGUUUCUCCUCGCUCAUCGCCACUGAGGAACGUUUCGCGAGGAGGAACGUCUGCGACUCAGCGACAGAAAUUCCAUACUGAUGACACAAAAUCUGUCCGGAAUCCGGUCAGAAGAGCUAAUUGGUCGACAGAGUAGUUUCAUUAUUUUAGCUAUUGUUUACGAAUGACAGACAAAAGACAAAAGGCUGCAAAGGUCAAGUGUAAACGCGAUGAAUCUCCAACAAAACAGUCAAUAUUUGUGGAAUAUAGUUUUCUCUAAAAGUAGCGUCUGAGUUUUGCUGGAGUUCAUGCGCAGAUGAACACAACACUUCACCAAAAUUGACCAGGAGAAACUUAAAAUUGAACAAAUUUGCAUUUGGAACCCCAUGACUACCGGAUUUAUUAUGUAAACAUUGAUUUACGUCAUCAGUAUGGAAUUUCUGUCGCUGAGUCGCAGACGUUCCUCCUCGCGAAACGUCCCUUAGCGGUGAUGAGCGAGGAGAAACAUCUGUCGUUCGGAGGCUAGGAAUCAUCACAUUCAUAGACAAAAAAAACUUUAAGAUAAGAAUUCCUGAAAAAAGAAAGCAUGCAGCUACAAACAGUCUAAAACAAUAAUUUUAUUAUGGAUAAAACUAAUGUGAAACAACUAAUUUUGAGGUGCAAGUAAUGAACAGUAAAGCACAAGUUAUUAUAUUUUACAAAAAAAGUAAAAUUUCUUUUUGAAAAAUAGUUGGUCUUAAAACAGGGGUGCUGAAAAGCAGUUGGGGCCUGAAACCAGAAUUUUACAUUUUAUUUCAGUUAUGGACAGCAGUGUUCUAUCAAAGUUGAAAAUUUGAGCUUAAACACCAAUGAGAAUGUUUAGACUUGCACACAUGCUGUAAUUUUCAUAACAUUGUGCAAGAAGAAAAGGUCACUAAAUUUUUGUCUUUUAAUUUGUAAUUUAUAACAAGUUGCACGAUUUUUUUGUAGCCUUCAGUGAUAAUCAUUCACAAUGAAGUGUGUUCUUGAUGGAGGCGUCAGUCUCAAUGUUGUGAGGGAUGACUUAUCCUGUGUGGAUGUUAUUGAGCAGACACUGGGUGCCGAAGGAAGAGAG